AUGGUCCCUACCUUCAAUGCAAGCAAAGACUACGCAACUGUCAUGAAUCGCAAGCGUUCUUUACUAAAUUUUUUCUCUUCCAUUAAUCAUGCGGCCUCUGCCUUACGCGGCCAAAGGGAAAAGACAGAGGAGUUUGCUCGACAGAGGCCUGACGAACAAGGAGAGUUCCCUCUCCUGCAAGAAAUUAGUGCGCAUUGGGAUGCAAGCGAAUUGAGUGAUCUCUUAGAUGAAGCGGAGAUCCUUCUUGAGCGUCUAGACAAUGAGAUCAAACUUUUGCCAACUGCGGAUAUGCUUUACGACCGUUGCAGCUCUUCCGUGAUUUCUUCUCAAACCGUUCCAAACUAUAAUGUGUCUUCAGCAUCAUCCUCUUCUAAAACCAUUCAACCUCCAUCGUCGCCGCAACAACUAGCGCCAGACUCACAGGUUGUUUGUAGCCGUCCCCCAACCAGACAAGACCAUCCUUCUGAUUCUCUAUCAGUCGCGCCUGUUAACCCUACACCCUUUGUGAACGGUGCUAUAGUCCCGCAGACCGGAGAUCGGUGCACAUUGCCUUUGGUUGGAUUGGGUAUUCCGCCAAGUAACGUUUCAGUUACUCCAAAUUUCAGUACAAAAACUAAAGCGCUUCCAAUCACGUCAAAUGACGUCGUUUCCAAUCCAACUAAUGUAUCUUCAAAAAGUUCCACUCAUUUCAGUACUGCUUUAGAACAACCGAUAAAGCUACCCGCAUUCGAGAUACCGUCUUUCCACGGUGAUAUUGACGCAUUUCCCGCAUUCUGGAACCUAUAUUCUGUAGCAGUGCAUAACAACAAUAGCGUGCCACUAGCGGUCAAAUUUAUGUAUUUGAAAUCUCACUUGAAAGGAGACGCGGCCAAUAUCAUUGCUAACAUCCAACCAACUCCAGAGAAUUAUGAAAAUGCAGUGCGCACGAUUGUGAGCACUUACAGUCGACCCGAGCUUCUCCGAAGUCGACUUUGGGACAAACUGAAUCAACAGAUGCCCGCAGAUAAUACUGCCAUUUCACAGCGUGCUACCUUAUGCGCUAUCAAAGCUAUCUGGUCUCAGAUGAAAUACCUGAAAGAGGAAUCCGGCUCGACCGGUGCAUUGAAAUUAAUACGUUCAAAGUUUCCUCGACGUACGCGUGAGAAGGUAGGUGAGCUUAAAAAGAAGGGUGAUCCUAUGUGGACGGUGGACGAGCUACUGACAGCACUUGAUACAGUUGUUGAUAGGCUGGAAGUGAUAGAAGAUGCCGAUCCUGCGGAUUAUUCGAUAAGCAAGUCCCAA